GGCGAGGCCUGGGGUAUAAAUGGGGGGAAGGACCCGGUUGUUUGGCCUCAAGCAACUCUCCUCUUCAGCCGGUCUGCUGCUACUCUCCAGAGCUUCUCUUCCGCCACCUCCACUUCCACCACAGCCCUCCGUCACCAUGGCCCUCUGGCUCCAGGCUGCUGCAUCUCUUCUGGUGCUGCUGGCUCUCACCUCCUCCCCCGGCGUGGACGCUGCCGCCGCCCCCCAGCGCCUGUGCGGCUCUCACCUGGUGGAAGCCCUCUUCCUGGUAUGCGGAGAGAAAGGCUUCUUCUCCUACAGCCCAAAGAGAGACGCGGAUCACCUUGCAUGGUUCUUAUCGCCCAAGUCGGCCCAGGAGAGCAAGGUUGUGGAGUAUCCCUUCGAUAGCCAGAUGGAGGUGAUGGUCAAGAGGGGCAUCGUGGACGAGUGCUGUAACAAGCCCUGCAGCAUCUUUGACCUGAAUAACUAUUGCAACUGAGUCCCCUGGAUGUCGUACAGUUUGGCCUGCUUCUGUACCUGUUCUGUGACCAAGUCGUGUUCCUCGGAUGUCUUCAAACAGCAACAAGAAAUGUUCUGAACCGGUUUUUGUCUUACAGAAUAAAGUUCUACAAAGAUUAUAAUGUUUUUUUUUUUUCAAUGUGUCAGCUUGUUAGUCUGAUUUUAGACAGAAUUUGACAAUCAAUAUUUUUAAACAUCAGCAGGUUGGCAGCCUGAUUCCAGAUCUGUUUUAAUGUUGUUUUUCCAACACCAGUCAUGAUUAAAGCAGAUCAAUGGCCGUGUAACUGAAAUGUUUCUAGUAAUGUAAUUUGACCCUAUUAGAUGGCUUAUGUUGUGAAAUUACUAAAUGGUAAAGUGAUAAGAUUUGGGGCAACAACCAUUAAAGCAAGUGUGAAAACUCUCAAAAAUGUCAA